AUGGGAAGGUUGCCGGCGAGAUCCAUGCAGCGGUGGAUGGAGGCAUUCCAUAGCUCCGGCAAGGACAUCUUUGAGUUCAUCAAACAUGCCAUCUUAAUCGCCGCAUUAUACCACCCCGGUGAGUUCCAGCUCCGACGAGACCGCUUUGCCGAGAUGCUCUUUGCCACUAGAGAGAUGGGUGAUGAUGGGGGUGUGAAGACGGAGGUAUUGAAGAAGUUGGAUGAGGAGUCUUGGAUCUUGAAAGAGGUUUUAAGGAUCAAAGAAGUGAUCUCUAAUGAACUGGAGUCAGAGAACGUGUUGCUCAAAUCACUGAGACAGUUGAAGUUGAUUGCAGUUUCUAUGGAGACUCUUUAUAUAACUGAGAUAGGAAAGGCUGUUAAUGCUUUGAGAAGGGCAACACAUUCGGAGAAGAUUAAGAGGCUUGCACAGUCACUCAUUCUUGGUUGGCGGUCUAUAGUCGAUGAUUGGAUUUCUGCAACAAGUGCCAUUGCUGGUAAUUCAUUGGCAAUUGAGAAGAGCCUCCCUUCUCCCCCAUUAGAUGUUGAGGCUUCAAAUGCAAGAGCCAAACCUGUCUGUGAGUUUUUCAACUACAUUUAUGGUAAUGAGAGUAAGUUCAAUUGGACUAAUAUUCAGAAUGAAUCAAGUUCCGGUCAUGAAGCUGAUCCACUUGCUCAAAGGAAAGACACAAUGCAAUACAUGAAUGCUGAUAUUGCUUCUGGUUCUAAAAUAGAAACAAAUCAAGUUUGCUUUCGGAGUCCAAAUACUGAAAUAAAAGCUAAACAACCUGAAGGUUCCGGUGAUCAAAAUAAGAAAUUAAAGGAAUCAGAGGAGGAAGCAUUGGCAGAGGCAAAGUUUGAGCGUACUAAACAAAAGCUUCAUGAAAUCUAUGAAAAUAAUGCAAAAAAAAAGCGACGAACUAUACCUCUGUUAAAGCUAGAUGAGAUACCAAAGUUUACUCUAAAAGAACACCAUGCUAGGUUUCCAAGAAGUAGACUGAAGAAGAUGAAGAUGAUGAUGAAGAAGAAACACAAUGUGCCAUCACAAGACUUAGUUUCUGAAGUCAUCAUCGAAGCUGAUAGUUAUCGUCUCAUAAUUUAUAUUGUUUUGCUUACAGUUAUGGAUGAAUCUGUUAGAAAAACAUUGCAUUAUUGA